AAAAAGCCAAAAUGAAAUCCGAUUUUGAAGUCCGUCGCUCUUGACAUUUCCAAUAAGAACAAAACAGAAGAGCCUUAAAACUCAUUUACGAUUUGAUUUUGAAAUCCAUUGACCCUCUCGUUUUUUUUCUCCUUAAUUUUUCUUCUUCUUUAGUUUAGUUAGCUGUUGUUGAUGGGCCAAUCACUAUCGGCGGCGAAGCUGAGGAGCCGUCGAGAUUGGGACCAACGCCAGAGGUCAAAACCGAAAUCAACGUCUCUGAUCUGUCCAAUGCAAGCUGAGGAAGCUGAAGAGCGUGAACGAAGUAGCAUAGAUGGAUCCUCGGAUUUCAUCUCGAAUCUUCCCGACGAGUGUUUGGCUUCUAUUUUUCAGUCUCUUAGUCCCGCUGACCGAAAACGAUGCUGUCUCGUUUGCCGACGGUGGUUGAUCAUUGAAGGACAGAGUCGCCACCGUCUCUCCCUCAACGCACAAUCAGAUCUGCACCCUCUGAUUCCUUGUAUCUUCUCUCGCUUCGAUGCCGUUACAAAACUGGCUCUCAAAUGUGACCGUAGAUCUGUUAGCAUCGGCGAUGAAGCGCUUGUUCUAAUCUCCGAACGUUGUCGGAACCUGAUUCGCCUUAAGCUACGAGCUUGCCGUGACUUGACCGAUGCAGGAAUGUCCGCAUUCGCUAAAAACUGCAUUGGUCUAAAGAAGCUCUCCUGUGGUUCUUGCUCUUUCGGAGCUAAAGGAAUGAACGCCGUGCUAGACAACUGUCCAGCUCUCGAGGAACUCUCCGUGAAACGACUUCGUGGCAUCACAGACGGUGCUGCUGCUGAGCCGAUUGGUCCUGGUGUUGCAGCGGCGGCGUUGAAAACUAUUUGCUUAAAAGAGCUUUACAAUGGGCAGUGUUUUGGUCCGCUUAUUAUCGGUGCGAAGAAUCUGAAAUCUUUAAAACUAUUUAGAUGCUCUGGUGAUUGGGACAAGCUUUUCCCUCUCAUAGUGGAACGGGUCACGGAUCUGAUAGAUAUCCAUAUGGAGCGGAUCCAAGUCAGUGAUGUCGGUCUUGUGGCCAUAUCCAAUUGUUCAAACCUAGAAAUUCUUCACCUUGUUAAGACUCCCGAGUGUACCAACGCCGGACUCUCAGCUGUUGGAGAGAAGUGUAAAUUGUUAAGGAAGCUUCACAUUGAUGGAUGGAAAGCAAAUCGAAUAGGUGAUCAAGGAUUAAUCGCUGUUGCAAAAUCUUGCCCAAAUUUGCAAGAACUAGUUCUUAUUGGUCUUAAUCCCACCAAAUUGAGUUUGGAAAUGCUUGCUUCGAAUUGUCUGAAUUUGGAACGGUUAGCCUUAUGCGGUAGUGAUACAGUUGGUGAUGCAGAGAUAUCGUGUAUUGCUGUGAAAUGUAUAGCUUUAAAGAAGCUUUGUAUUAAGAGCUGCCCUGUUUCGGAUCAUGGAAUGGAAGCACUUGCUACCGGUUGUCCUAAUUUGAUUAAAGUGAAGGUGAAGAAAUGUAGAGGAGUUACCCCGGAAGGUGUGGAUUGGUUAAGAGCAAUUAGAGGAACACUCACGGUUAAUUUGGAUAUUGGCGAACAACUAGUUGCAAGUGCUAGUGAUGGUGGGGCACAAGAUGAUGGAGUUGAGUUUCCUCCGAUGGUGGCAGGUCAAAUUGGAACUCCUAGUAUUGCUUCAAGUAGCAUGGGGAGAUCAACAUCGUUUAAGUUUUUAGGGCUUUUGAGUGGGAGGAGUUUUGUGUCUUGCACUCUAAGGAGGUUGGCAAGUAGUAAUGACUGUUCUCAGACUUAAGUUGGAUGGGUGAGCCGAAAUUGCAACGACAAAGAGUAAAAAAAUGAAAGCACGCCUCUUGAACUGUUUACAUUAAUUUUUUUGUAUUGUAGUUCUCCUUUGUUUGUGUAUUUAAUUCAAUGCUGUGUGCUGAUGAUUUCCUUUUGCAUUCAUCUUCAUUU